GGUUAAAGAUGGAUUACACGAUGAACAGAGAAAAAGCUAAACAAUUUCACGGUAUUUUUUCCUUGUCCUGAUAGCAAAGCAUAGGAAAGUGCACCAAACAUGCCUAAUUAAUGCCCAACAAAACCGGAAUGUAUGAAAACGAAUAACAGUCUUGAGAGUUUAGAACGCGCCACCAUUCGCGGUCUUGACAGUUCGUCAUACACUCGUUCACCAAUCAGAAACCAGACGCUCCCUUUUCGACCAAUUGGGUAGCUCAAUGUUGAAGAGUUGAAAUUGUAGUUUGCCGUUUUGGUCAACGGUAGAAAGUGUGUCAAGACUACAGUACUCUUUACUGUUUUUUUUUAGCUCUUCUUUCAUUUAAACACGUUUUCACUGUAAACCUUACGCUAUCUAAGCAUACGUUUUAGCUUCUAGCGUUGCAAGCUUGGACUCUUGCUAACUUUGGUCUAUGGUACGACUGAAACUAGAAAGAAACCUGUUGAAUGUCGAGUUUCAAUCAGUACUGUUUACACGUUAGCUAUUCAGCUAGCCUAUUAGCUAGGUGCUUCGAAAGUGUGUUUCAGUCUUUAAUGGUCAGCCAGAUUUUCAAAAGCCACAUAUUUUCAUGUCUAGGUAGUUAGCUUCCUAGCUACAAAUGCAAACAGUAAUUGCAGCAAGCUAGCUAGUUAUCUAGCAGGCUUUAUUGAUCUAGAACCUGACAGCAAUCAAUGUUCAACGACGAGGAGAAUCUAGUCGAGAAUGUUGCCAGUCUAAGGAGUCGGCUACAAUCAACUGAGACACAACUACAAAGUUUGGGAGAACUAUUGAGUCAGUCCGGACAUGACGGCCACAGCGAGAGGUCCGACCCUAGCCCUGCGCACGGGUUUGCACGGCGUCUCACCGUAGAAGACCUUCGGCGACCGGAUGACCUCCAGCUCCCGCAGGCCCAGCGCUGCCAGGAGAGAGUCCUGAGCAGGACCACCGAUCGACGGAUUAGCCCGCCUGCCUCAGACUCCAGGUCGUCCUCAGGCAGGUUGGUUGCUGAGAUGGAGGCAGGUCAGUUGAAGCAGAGGCUGGGGUUCCUGCGCCAGGAGAACGCUUCUCUCAUGCAGGAGAACCAGCAGCUCCUCAGCGACCUGCAGGCUGCCCAGCUGGAGGUGGCCAGCUCCAGGACCAAGGUCCGACUGCUGGGAACAACCGUAGGGGCCAAGGCCUCCAGCGUGUCCGUCAUGAAGGAGCAGAUUCUGGGCUUGGAGGCAGAGGUGGAGGCCCAGAUCCAAGAGCUCAGGGCUGCAGAGCUGAGAGCAGACCAGAGCCUGCAGGCUGCAGCCCAGAGUGACAGACAGGUGGCCGAGCUCACAGAGGAACUGAGCACACUCAGAACACAGCUCGCUGACAAAACCAAGCAGGGGAAACGGGCGGAGCAGCAGAGGAACCAGGCUCUCCGUAACGCUGAGAAGCUGACUGACGCUUUCAAGGAGUACAAGGCCAACGUCUCCCGCAAGCUGCAGAAGGUGCUGGACAGCGAGAGCAAGCUGAAGGAGAGCCUGAUCCAGUGUGACAGAGAGAGGGAGAGUCUGGAGCGAGAGAGGAACGAGCAGGCUCAGACCAUCAGCCAGCUGAAGGAGGAGGCCGGCCAGGCCAGGUGUCUGGCCUCGGAGCGAGCCCAGCUCCAGGCUCGGCUGGAGGAGGCUGAGCGGCAGGCCUCGCGGCUGGAGAAGGAGCUCUGUGAGCGGGCCGCGGGUGGGACGGAGCUGGCCUCCCUCCGCAGGGAGGUGGAGGAUCUCCGGGCGCUGUCUCAGUGUCAAGAACACAUGCUAGGCCAGGGCCAGAGGGAGGCCCAGCAGAGCCGGGCUGAGCUGGCCAGUCUGGAGGCUAUACUGACACUGCUGCAUCUCAGAGAACAGGGUGAUGAGCUGUGUGUGAGGCCCUGCAUGCUGCCCCCGGUGGACUACACCGGUACUGCGGACCUUCUCAAACCCAAACCUGGUGAGGGCUACCAGCAGCUCCUCCCAGUGCUCCGGGCCCUGGAGGUGGACCGGGCCAGGCAGCGCUCGACUGCGGCCCGCCUGCAGGAGCGCCUGUCCCGGGCCCAGGAGGAGCUCUCCUCCCUGCAGGGCUCCAUGGAGCAGCGGGACUCCCACUACCAGCAGCUCCACAGGGACCUGCUGGGCAAGGUGGGCCACGCCAGCGACAACGACCGAGAGCUGAAGAGGAAGGCAGCUCGUGUUGCAGCGCUGGAGAAACAGCUGCAGGAGAAGAGCUCAGCCUACACCCAGGCUGCCCUGAGGAACACCCAGCUGGACCAGGAGCUGCUGAGCCAGAGAGAGUUAGAGGACAGAAACCAUGAGGUGUUAGAGGACACUGCUCUGAAGGAGAGGCAGGGGGAGCUACAACAGAGAGCCCAGCUGCUGGGUCAGCUGGAUGUGGCCAUCAGGGAUCACAAGCUGGAGAUGGAGAGGAAGGUUCUGUCUCUGCAGCAGGCUCUGGAGGACAGGAACCAACAGGUCCAGCUGCUGAACACCCAGCUCCAGGGGGGGGAGGAGCUGGAGAAGAGAACGACCCAGGAUCUGCAGGACACACACUCUCGCUGUGAGCGUCUGUCGAGGGAGCUGGAGGUCGUCACACAGCACGCCAGGGAUAAGGAGGUGCAGCGGAGGCGUGUGGAGGAGGAGCAGGCCGGCAGGGAGGCGCGCUGGGCCCAGGAGGAGGCAGGACUCCGCCAGGCCGUCUCCUCCCUGCAGCAGGAGCUGGAGGAGGAGAGGGAGCAGCACAACAAGGAGCUGUCGUCUCUGCAGCAGACGCGAGGCCAGCUGCUGAAGGUGUCGGAGCAGAUCUCCUGCAGCAUGAGGACGUCUCACGAGCAGCUGGCUGCAAGACUGCAGCACACCCAGGCCCAGCUGGAGCUGACCAGGACCCAGGCCUUCAGCCUCCAGGCCCAGCUAGACCAGGCCAGAGACCAGGCCUCUAACCUCCAGGCCCAGCUAGACCAGGCCAGAGACCAGGCCUCUAACCUCCAGGCCCAGCUAGACCAGGCCAGAGACCAGGCCUCUAACCUCCAGGCCCAGCUAGACCAGGCCAGAGACCAGGCCUCUAACCUCCAGGCCCAGCUAGACCAGGCCAGAGACCAGGCCUCUAACCUCCAGGCCCAGCUAGACCAGGCCACAGACCAGGCCUCUAACCUCCAGGCCCAGCUAGACAACACCAGGAUCCAAGCCUCCAGCCUCCAGGCCCAGCUAGACAACACCAGGAUCCAAGCCUCCAGCCUCCAGGCCCAGCUAGACAACACCAGGAUCCAAGCCUCCAGCCUCCAGGCCCAGCUAGACAACACCAGGAUCCAGGCCUCUAACCUCCAGGCCCAGGUCCAUGCCAGGGAGAAGGUCCUUCAGACGGCUAGCGAGGCCCUGCUCAUCAAGGAGUCAGAGGUGACCCGCCUGCAGGCUAGGAUGUCGUCGCUGGAGAGAGCGUCAGACCUCCACUCCUCCUCCACCCUGCCCUCCUCCCCUCCCCUCGCCCUCACGCUCCCUCGCUCCCCCCCGUCUCCUCACAGCCUCCUGCUCUCCCCCCCUCACAAACACACACACCUCGCUUCCCCCUCACGCAUCCUCGCACGCCCUCCCUCCCCUCCCCUCGCCCUCACGCUCCCUCGCUCCUCCCCUUCACAUGCCCCCACACGGGUCCUCUCCGCCCCCCACGCCCUCCCUCCCCACCCCCAGGACCGGGCCCCAGACUGGGGCAGCAGCGUGGACUCCUCCCUGGAACUCUCCAGUAGCCUGAGGGCCACCCUGAGGGAGGCGCUGGGGCAGAGACCCUGGGAAGACUCCUCCCUGUCCCCCUCGCCCAGCCCCUACCUCUACCCUGACCUCCACCGCACCCACCUCUCCCCAGACCUCCACACCCAGCUUCCCCCUGACACCCUCACCCACCUCCUCCCAGAGUUCCACCACACCCAACUCCCGCCAGACCAUCUCCCCCACCCUCCCCCUGAGCUCCAGCCUGACCCAGACCACAGUUGGCAAGGCUUCAGUCAUCUUGAGGCCUCCACGGCCACAGACAUGUCCUUCAACCCCCUCACCUACAUGGUGGACAAGCCUGGGGACCAGGAUCAGGACCAGGAGGGGGGCAGAGUGCAGGAAGGUGACCCAGGCAGGGUGACCCUCCUGGGGCAGAGCAGGGAGGAUGAGCAGGAGGGGCUGGACAUGAGCUCUCUGACCGGCAUGCUGCACUUCGUCAACCAGACCCUGGCCAUGCAGGAAGACACCUCCCUCUGGAGCUCCAGCAGCCAAUCAGAGUCAGAGCACUCCCUCACCAUACAGGGAGGGUUGAGGGACGAGGGUGGAGCCUCUGCUACCGGUGAAUGACAAGCCCCCUCAGGAUGUGUUAAGCACAGUGGGCUGGUGGUUAGAAGACUGUGUGUGUGUGUCUGUGUUUGUGUUUUUAGUCUCAGUGUGUAUUUGUUCUUUAGUGUGUGUGUGUGUGUGUGAUGAUGUUUGGCCCUGGACCUUUUAAAGUUUCCAUAUAAAAUGAGCGCCUUUGAAGUGUAUUUAAAUGAAGCUGUGGGCCUUACACUGCUGGCAGUCAGGGAUUGGUCCUCUUCACCCCCUAGACUGGCUGUGAUUGGCUGCUGCUCUCAACAUAUUUGUUUUGUGUAGAAAUGUACAGUUGAUUUAAUGUUUUGUACAAACUUAAGAUUGUGUUUCGUUUAAUAUUUUCUCUGUGAAUAUUCCUUAUGAUUUUUACUAGAAUAAACUAUUUUGGUAUGUA